UUAUUUUUUGCAUCAUACGCCCACUCACCCGCGCAUGUCCUUCAACUUCACUGCUCACCUUUCCUGAGGGUAGUAAUAUGAGGGUAGUUCAUCUAUUUGGCAUUGCUUCAAUGCCAGUUUUGAAAGUACUGAUAGUCACAGCACUUGGCUCUUUUUUAGCUUUGGAUGGUGUCAAUGUCUUGGGUGCGGAUGCAAGGAAGCAUAUCAAUCAACUUGUUUUUUAUGUACUUAAUCCAGCUCUAAUAGGCGGCAACUUGGCUAAAACAAUCACCUUUGAAAGCAUUCUACUGCUGUGGUUUAUGCCAGUCAAUAUUCUUAUUACCUUUAUUGUUGGUUCGGCACUUGGUUGGAUACUUAUUAAAAUCACAGCUACUCCUCAACAUUUAAAAGGCCUUGUAUUGGGUUGUUGUGCAGCAGGAAACAUGGGAAAUAUGCCUUUAAUUAUCGUUCCAGCACUCUGCAAAGAGACAGGCAGCCCUUUUGGACCACCUCAUGUUUGCGAGGCUUACGGAUUAGCUUAUGCUUCACUUUCUCUGGCGAUAGGUGCUGUUUACUUGUGGUCCUAUGUUUAUAACAUGAUGAGAAUUUUAGCAAAUGGUGAUGCUAACAUCAAAGACACUCAAGAAAUAUCAAAAGAAGAUCUUCUUCCUUCCAAAGAAUGCCCCGAUUCUGCUGAGUUUACUAUUCCUUUACUGCACCCUGCCACAGAGUCUGAUAGAAUUGUUCAGAGUUUGUCAUGGAGACAAUUGUGGGAUAAGAUCAAACAAUGCAUAGGGAUGAUCUCAAAAAAACUUAAUCUCAAGGCCAUAUUUGCACCCUCAACUACAGGAGCGAUUGUGGGAUUUAUCGUCGGAGCAGUCCCUCAAAUUCGGAAUUUGUUGGUUGGUGCUAAUGCUCCUCUUCACGUACUUGAAGACUCAGCCUCUUUUGUUGGGGAUGCAGCAAUCCCAAUUGUGACACUCAUAGUCGGAGGAAACCUUCUUAAAGGUCUAAAGGUGUCAGGAGUUCGGUUAUCGCUGAUAUUAGGAAUACUAGCAGUUCGGUAUGUGUUGCUUCCUCUGGUAGGGAUUGUGACUGUUAAAAAUGCAGUUCGGUUUGGUCUUGUGAGUUCGACGGAUCCAUUAUACCAGUUUAUCCUUUUGCUGCAAUUUGCUGUUCCACCAGCAAUGAACAUUGGUACAAUGACCCAAUUGUUUGGGACUGGACAGAAUGAAUGUUCUGUGAUACUGCUGUGGACGUAUGGUUUGGCGUCGGUUUCUCUUACGCUAUGGUCAACUCUUUUCUUGUGGAUGGUCACAUAAUCUGACACCAAUUCAACUUGUAUCAUAACUUGAGAAUUACAAGACA